AUGGCUGCCGAAGCCCCCUCUACCAACGGCGGAUCUCUCGCCGCUAUGCUGGAACAACAGCACGCCCGCGAUGAGGCGCACAAGCCCACUGUGGAGGAUGUGGUCGAUGAGGAGGACCUGAAGCACCCCCCUCUCGCUGCGCCCAAGGUCGAGCCUACCCCCUCUGCCUCCGCCGAGACCGCCUCAGCACCUGCUCCUAAGCCCACCAAGUCCGCCCCCAAGAAGCCAACAUUUGAUGUACAAUCGGAGGAGUUGUUCCCAGCUCUUGGUAGCGGCCCCAAGCCUGCCGCUCCUGCUGCGGCUACAUGGGGUGCUAAAAAGACUGGCGCGGCUGCCGUUGCAAAUGGCUCGCCCGCUCAACCAAUGGAUAUCCCCCGUAUCAUGACUCUUCCUGGAAAGCACAUGGAGCAGCUCCGUCUUGCUCCCUCUCAGAUGCUCCCCCGCGGACAACUGAAGAAGCCUCUGCCUGAAAUUCUUCGUGACAUUUCUCGUAGAUCCAAGGCUACUGUGGACAUGCGCGGUGGCCCGGGUGGUUCUAUCAUUUUCGACGGAAAGGGUUCCGUGGAUGCAGUACGGCAGGCCCUCCGUGAGGUGGCUCAACAGGUUGGAUCUAAGCAAUCCGUCCGUGUCCCUAUCCCUACCUCUGCUCGUCCCCACAUCAUUGGUCGCCAAGGUGCCGUUGUUCAGGAUAUCCAGGGCCGCACUGGUGCCCGUGUGCAAGUUCCCCGCGCCGACGACAACUCCGCUGGUGCCGAGGAUGAUGACGAUGACACCAUUGACGUCUUGAUCGAGGGUGAUGCCGUGGCUGCGGAGAUGGCCCGCCGAGAGAUUGAGGCCAUUGUGAAGGAGCGCGGCUCAAACAUGAGCUUCCGCUUGAAGACUAUUCCCCCAGAGUUCUUCCCCUUCAUUGCCGGCGCACACGACGCCAACCUGCGCGCAAUUGAGGAGCGCACAAAGGCACAGGUCAAUGUUCCCCGCUAUGAUACUUGGUCAAGCCAGCCUCCUCCCCAGGAGGCCAGCCCCGGCCAGGUUCAGUUUAUGGCCUGCCCUGAUAAGCACAUUUUGAUUUCUGGAGAACGUGCUGCCGCACAAGAAGCUCGUGCCGAGAUUGAGCAAUUGGCCGCCAAGUUGCGCCAGCAGCUUACUCUCCGCCAGCUCGCCAUCAACCGUGGCCAGCACCAGUUCAUUCUGGGUAACGAGGCCGAUGCUCUGCACAAAUUCGUUGAGCAGACUGGAUGUGCCAUCGUUCUCCCUCCCAGCGACGAUGAGAGCGAAUUCCUGACCAUCACUGGUCCUGUUGACCAGAUCGAGGCUGGUAUUAACCACGCUAUGGAUCUUGCCACCAGCAUGCAGAUGGCCAGCAUUGACCUGUCCCGCCAGCACCCUACCGCUCCAGCUGGCCCCGUCGCCCACGCCCGUGCUCUGUCUCAGUACCUGCGCCGCCGCCAGGUCAUCAAGGAGCUCGAGUCAGCCUACGAUGCCCGCAUCGCUCUUCCUCCCAGCGUUGAUGGACCAAUUACUUGGGAGGUUUACUCUCGUGAUGGCAAGAACACCAUCCGUGCCCGCUCCGACAUCAUGAACCUUGUCCAGGCUCUCCCUCCCUCCAAGCUCCGCCACGUCCCUGUCGACCCGUACUUCCACCAGUACCUCCGCAAUCGCAGCGCCAGCGCCCUCCAGGGUGACUAUGGCGUUCACCUUAUGAUCCCCGAUGACAUCAACAGCCCCGAGGUCGUGCUGGUCUAUGAAGGCCCCUCCUCCACUGCUUCCCGCUUCGAGGUCCCCAGACAGCGCCCCUCACCUGCCGAGGUUGCUGCUUUCGAAAAGAGCCUACAGGAGGCCCAGGAGUUCCUUCUCAGCGCCCUUGGAGACCAGAAUGAUAUCAUUGCCAAGUCGGUCGCCAUUCCCGCCAAGUACCAGGAGAAGGCCCGUAAGUUUAUCAUCCGUGAGCAAGAGGCCAAGGGUGAGGAGAGCAUCCCCGUCCGUGCUAUUGUCGACGAGCCCAAGGCUUCCCAGUGCCAGGUUUCCCUCCGUGGACCUUCCGCUUUGGUCAACGAGCUUGUCGCCAAGCUGGAGGCUUUCGUUGUUGAGCAGGAGCAAGACGACCUGGAGCGCGGAUACACCGUCAGUUUCGACUUCCCGCAGAAGUACGCCAACUUCCUCAUUGGCAAGCGCGGUGAGAACAUCAACAAGCUCCGCGAGGAGUUCGACGUCGACAUCAAGGUCGAGAACGGCAAGGUUGAGGUCAAGGGUCCGAAGGCCAAGGCUGACGCCACUCGCAUGCGCAUCAUCAACAUGGGCAAAAAGCUGGAGGAUGAGACCACCCAUAUCCUCAAGAUUCCCGCCCAGUAUCACCGCGAACUGAUCGGCCAGCGCGGAAACCAGGUCAACCGUCUGCAGGACCGUUACUCCGUCCGCGUCCAGUUCCCUCGCGCCACUGUCAACGACGAUGUCGCCGAGACCGGCAGCGAUGCUGGCGCUUCUCGUCCCAACCGCUCCCAGCAGGCUGCUGAUGAGGUUCUGGUCAAGGGCCCCAGCAAGGGCGCUGACUCUGCCCGUGACGAGAUCCUCAGCUUGCUGCAGUGGGUUAUUGACCACGGUCACUCUGCCACCAUCUCCGUCGCCCAGAACCAGGUCGCUUCCUUGAUUGGACAGCGCGGUCGUGAGAUGGACAAGCUUCGUGCUGAUACUGGUGCCCAGAUUGAUGUUCCAAACGCCAACGAUGCGCCGGAUGCAUCUGGCCGGGUUGCUAUUCGUGUCAAGGGUACCAAGCAGCAGGUUGCUGAGGCCAAGAAGAUCUUGCAGCAGCGUGCUACCGAGUUCGAUGCUACCGUUACUAAGUCCAUUGACGUGGACAAGAAGUACCACAAGGCUUUGAUCGGUGGAGGCGGUGCCAACAUCCGUAAGAUCGUUGUCGAUGCCGGUGGCCCCAAUGACGGCAGCGCCGCCAGAAUGGUGCGCUUCCCUCGCGCUGAGAGCGCCGAGUCCACCAUCCGCCUUGAGGGCAACGGCGCCAUCGUUGACAGCAUCAUCGCUGCCAUCGAGGCAUUCGUCAAGGAGCGUGAAGACCAGGUCACUGAGAUCCUCGACGUCCCCACUGCCCAGCACCGCAUGCUGAUCGGCCGUGGUGGUGACACCCGCCGUGGUAUCGAGUCCAAGUUCAACGUCACUCUGGACAUCCCCAAGCAAGGCUCGGGCCGCACGGAUGUUAAGCUCAAGGGCCCCAGCACCGCCGUCAAGAGCGCCAAGGAGCACCUUCAGUCCAUGCUGAAAGACCAACAUGCCGAGACCGUUGACGUCCCCCGUCACCUUCACCACGCCAUCGCCGACAACGGCCAGAUCUUCCGCCGCCUUCGUAACGACUACCAGGUAACAGUCGACCACGCCGGCCAAACCGUCCCGGUGAACGCCACCUCCGAAGAAACCCGCGACGCCAACGUCCCCGACAUGCCCCUGAUUACCGACGACCCUGACGCCCCCAGCGACGCCCACUCCUGGAAGGUCAUCGACAACAACGUCGAUGCCGACCCAACCGCCAAGCCCUUCCCCUGGGUCCUCACCGGCUCCCCAGAGCAUGUAGCCAAGGCCCGCGCAGCCAUCGAAAAGGCCAUCGCCGGCGCUGCCGCCCAGUCCGCAACCGGAUACUUGAUCCUGCCAGACCCCAAGACCUACCGCUACGUCGUCGGCCAAGGUGGCAGCCAGAUCAACGCCAUUCGCAAGAAGACCGGCUGCCGCAUCAACGUGCCCAAGGAUCAAGCUCGCGGUGAAGCGAUCGAGAUCCGGGGUAGUGCUGCCGGUCUGGACGAGGCCAAGGAGAUGAUCCUGGAAGCUGUGCAGAAUGGUUUGAACGGUGCGCGGUAA